CUUCAUUCCACAACGGAAAAAGUCCUUCCUCAAGGAGCACAGUUCUGCUUAGCGUUAGAAUUUAUUGUACAUUUUCCCUGACUUGUCUCAAGCAAAGUCAUUUUUAUACUAAUAUCAUUUCAUAAAAAAAAACAAUUGGUACAUGCAUCUAAUCCACGUUCAAUACAAAUUCUAAUUUGUCGACGGAUGUUGUUUCACAGAAAAAGUGAGUGAUUACAAUUUUAUUUUUGAAUGUGAAAGAUGUUUUGCGUCUAGCGAAAAUGGAGGGAAAGAUAUUACAAUCUAUUGUGAUCGCCUGCUUGAUCAUUCUACUUUGGACUUCUUAUUCGGCAAGUUCGUCAACUAUUAUGGUCGGUGGUGUUUUCGAUAGAUAUCGUGACUUUGGUUUUGAACGUGGUAUCAUCUCUCAUAACACCCAGAAGAAUAAAUCAAGUGCUUUUCAGUUCAUGGCUUACGUACUACCAGCUCUACUGGAAGAUCCAUUCAAUGUUACCAGAAGGCUCUGCAAGCUCUACGAUCAGAAUACUAUAAUCACUGGAGGGCAUUCCAAACUGGUGUGUCUCCCGACCUUGCAGUCUUACGCCAACAACUUCCUCAUCCCCUACGUAACGGUAAGCCAAUCCAAAUCAGACAUGGGUUUGACCUUCAGCAGCAGUGACUACUUGGUGUCCAUGAUGCCCUCUCUGGUCCCACCCGUAGAGGAUUGUGUCAGGUACUUUGGUUGGGACAAGUUCGUCUAUAUCUACAGCUCUGCAGAAGGACUACAAAGAUACAAUACCCUCUCAGCCCGGUUUCCCCCGGAUAAAUAUGACAUCCUGGUUCGUCGGGUCGGAUCCGAAAUCGAGACCCGAAAUCUUCUGAAAAGAUUUCGUGAUUCUGGUCAUCAUCGUAUCAUCUUCGACACCACGGGAAACGACACUCAACUCGUGCUAAAACAGGUAGAUGCACUUGGCAUGAUUACGAAGUCGUUUCAUUACAUCUUUCUGGAUCUGGAUCUUGCGGAUGUGAGCGUCGAUGAAUUUUUAUUCGGAGGGAUGAACAUUACUGGUUUUCAACUCGUUAACAAGACCGACCCCUACUACCAGAACAUUGAGAACAUGUGGUACAAACGUCAGGCAUAUCUCAGGCAAGGCAACGUCACCUCUAACCCAAGCUCGGCUUUGGGUUACCCACCAUUAAAGACGUUGACGGCGUUGACCUACGACGUCACUCGUGUGUUCUGGGAAACAAUCGUUUUGCUUAAGACGACUGGUAGGUUACCAAGCCUGACGGCCAGGCAACGUAGGUUAUGCUCUAGCACAGGAUUUUUAAAAAUCCCACAGGACAGAGAAGUACUGGAGUAUAUUAAAAAGCUGUCGUUCAAGAGUGCAACGGGUAACGUUGAGUUUGAUGAAAACGGAGAGAGAAGCAAUUACACACUCCGGGUACUUGGACUCAAACCUUCAGGGUUAAAAGAGGUCGGUACCUGGCAGUCAAACAACAAAACCCGUCUCACCAUCAACGAGGAGGACCCAAAACUCUUCUUGCAGGACAUUAAUAAGACUUUCAUCAUUACUUCUGUUUUCGAGUCACCAUUUAUGAUGCUGAAGGACGAGAAAGACCAAACCCCCGGCAAUGGCCGAUAUGAAGGAUACUGUGUCGACCUCUUACAUGCGAUUAACGAACACCAUCCCUUCAAGUUUAUUUUCAGAGUGAGAAAUGACAGCGCCUACGGAAACGCAGAUGAGAACGGGACAUGGGAUGGCAUGGUCAGCGACAUAAUGACCAAGAAGGCCGACAUCGCCGUCGCACCGUUGACCAUCAACUCUGAGCGUCAGCGGGUCAUCGACUUCACUAAGCCUUACAUGAGCCUAGGUAUCAGCAUCAUGAUCAAGAAACCCCAGCACACCCAUCCCAGCGUCUUCUCCUUCAUGCACCCUCUGUCCUACGAGAUCUGGCUUUCCAUCAUCUUCGCCUACCUCGGGGUCAGUGUGGUGAUGUUCCUCAUCAGCCGGUUUAGUCCUGACGAAUGGUACCCUGUUGAAAAAGGAUCUUUAAAGAGUGCACCCUCUACGGAAGGUGAUCUAGAUCGUGUGGAACCAGGAGACAAGAAAGAGAACAACUUCGGAAUUCAGAACAGCAUGUGGUUCUCUCUGGGCGCCCUCAUGCAACAGGGCUGUGAGGUAUCUCCAAGAUGUCUUUCGGGCCGAAUCGUUGGUGCAGUGUGGUGGCUCUUCACCCUCAUCAUCAUAUCGUCUUACACUGCAAAUCUCGCUGCUUUCUUGACUGUCCAGAGAAUGUCCACCCCUGUCAAUUCGGCCGAUGAUCUCGUCAAACGCAAGGACAUCUCCUAUGGCAUUCAAGGGGGAGGGUCCACCGAGAAUUUCUUUUCCUCAUCGAACAUCCCACUAUACAUGACGAUGUGGAAGUCAAUGACCUCUGCCCAGCCGUCGCCGAUCACGAAUUCGUCAGUGCAGGGCAUCGACCGCGUCCGCAACGCCAACGGCAAGUACGCCUUCCUGCUCGAGUCGACGAUGAACGAAUAUCAGAAUCAGCAGAAACCUUGCGACACGAUGAAAGUGGGAUCGAACCUCGACUCGAAGAGCUACGGGAUCGGGGUCGCCAGGGAUCUCACCAUGUUGAGAGAUGAAUUGACUCUGGCUAUACUGCAACUUGGCGAAGAUGGCGUCCUUGAUAACUUGAAGAAGAAGUGGUGGUACGACAAGGGAAAGUGUGAACCUGAAUCAGAGUCAAUAGACAUGCAGGCCAGUGCUCUAAGCCUCAGCAGUGUUGCUGGAAUCUUCUACAUCCUGAUGGCAGGCAUGGGCACGGCCAUUGGUGUUGCUCUUAUCGAGUUUUACUGGCGUAACCACCGUAACCGAUCUCAAUCGAACAAAGAGAAGACAUCUUUAUCUUUGGCUUUGAAAGCUAAGAUUCGCAUGUCAGUGACGGGUGAGAAAGGAAUUCCUACAUAUCCCAUCAUGAGAGAGGUGAAUGCGAUGGCAUGUGAGAAAGCGUAGCUCUUGUCGAAAGACCGGGAAUCUCCGUCGGCUAUCCGAAGAGGGCAGACAUCGGUUUGAAAUAUGUUCGUCUGAAUGCUCACUAUCGACUGGUUGUCAGAAAGAGAGGGGAGCUUUUGGAACUGUUGCAUGAUUGCAACGAAAUUUACUUCAGAUUCAAAGAAACAAUUUUCAAACAAUGGACAAAUUGGAAAAAGUUGAACCAAAUUUAUUGAUGUUGACCAUGGUUCCUAAUCAUUGUUGAUCGAGAAUGCCUCUAUUUAUGAUUGUUUUCGAAAUGAAUAGUGAGUGGGAGUUUGUGCCGAAAUCGAUGUCACAUUUUUGUUUGGAUUGCAGAAAUAGUGGAAACGGUGCAUAAAUUGUAUAAAGCGCUUAAAAACAUCUUUGUGAUGUUU